AUGAAAUACGUCAAUUUGGGUGAAAGUGGUUUAAAGGUUUCUCAACUUUGCUUGGGUUGCAUGAGUUUUGGAUCUUCCAAGUGGAUUCCUUGGGUUUUGGAAGAAGAGGAAUCAUUGAGAAUAUUGAAGAAGGCAUGGGAUUUGGGUAUUAACUUUUUCGAUACUGCCAAUAUUUACAGCAAUGGAGAAAGUGAAAGAAUUUUAGGCAAGUUCAUUAAGGAAUUCAACAUUUCAAGAGAGGAAAUUGUGGUUGCUACCAAAGUUUGUGGACCAUUGGAUCAUUCUGGUGAACAAAAACUCAUUAUGAAUAGUAAUCAAGGUAAACCAAAUACUAUGGGUCUCUCCAGAAAGCACAUUAUGCAUGCAGUUGAGGAUUCAUUACAAAGAUUAGGUCUUGAUUACAUUGAUUUGUACAUUAUCCAUCGUUGGGAUGAACAAACACCAAUUGAAGAAACCAUGGAAGCUCUCCAUGAUUUGGUUAAAUCUGGAAAGGUCAGAUACAUUGGUGCCUCUACUAUGUUUGCUUGGCAAUUUGCCAAAGCUCAACAUUAUGCUGAGAAGAAGGGAUUGACUAAAUUUAUUUCCAUGCAAAAUCUGUAUAAUCUCAUCUAUAGAGAAGAGGAGAGAGAAAUGAAUCCAUUGUGUGUUGAUCAAGGUGUUUCACUCACACCUUGGGGACCUCUUUCUAAUGGAAUGUUAGCUCGUGCUCAUGAAUUUGUCAAUGCUGAGGAGAAGGCAAUUGAAACUAAUGAAAAUAAUUCCAAGAGACAAAAUACUGACAUUGUUCAAACCAUAUUUAAGGGCAAUUUGACUGAAGGUGAUAAGGAAACUUUGAGAAAAGUUUCUGAAAUUGCCAAGAAGAGAAACGUUUCUCCAGCUCAAAUUGCACUUGCUUGGUUACUUUCCAAACCUGGAGUUGUAAGUCCAGUAAUUGGUGCAACAAAGGCCAUUAAUGUUGAGCUCAAUGUUCAAGCAUUGGAAAUUAAAUUGACUGAAGAGGAGAAGAAGAUAUUAGAAGGAGCUUACUCUGCAAAGGAAAUUCAAGGAAUGUUCAAAUUAAAUUAA